UUUAUGAGUGCUGCUAAGGUUUUCCCGCGUUACAGAUUAUCGGUAAACCAGUACCAGUCGGUCUCUUUUUUUCCUUCGGAGAAUUUGGUUUCUUUUUUUUAUUCCUUAUCUUAUUUGUUGAGCAUUACACAAACAAAGCAUUUCCAUGACGUAAGCAAAACUGACAUUUGUUCCGGCGAAACUGAAAUAAAAACCCUUCCGUCAUACGACUGUUUCAGACUGUUCCAAUAUUUCAGUUUUAUCCGGCUGGGCUCGUUAUCGAAGGGUAAGGAAACGAUUCCGCUGUUUUGAAUUUUCUUUGGCUGCGUCAGUACGUACGAUUCCAGAAUGUUUCGUGUUCUGUACGAAAUACUGUUGAUCUCUAUUAUCGUCAUCGUCGUUGAACAAGAGUAUCAUGCCUUCGCAUACAAAGACGUGUAUGUAUCACGCCAUCGCGGAAACGAUUCUUACAAUUGUGGAUCAAAGAAUGAACCCUGCAGAACGCUUGCGCGAGGCAUACAAAUGGCUGACCGGAAUGACCGCAUUUUGUUGGAUGGAUCAUUUACUAAGUCAGAUCCCUACAACUGUGGAAUAAUGAAUCUUGAGAAAAAAGGGAAAAACAAAUUUUUAAAAGAUGAAAAUUACACUAUAAACGUUAAAGUCAGCCUGAAAAUCAUUGGAUUUCCUUCGUCGGCUUUCAUUUCAUGUGACGACUUGCUCCGCUUCACGGGUCCAUCCGCGAAGAAGGAAGAAAUGGACGUUAACUUCACAAACAUUGUGUUUACAAACACGUCGAUGGUCUUCACCGAUUCUUCCGUUUCCUUUGUAAACUGUAGCUUCCUGCAAAGUUUCAAUCCAAUACAAACAAAGCUGGUUUUCCACCAAAGUGCGACAGUGGCUGUUAAAGGCUCCUUGUUCUAUAAAAACACAGGUUGUAUUCGUCUGGCGCUGUUCGAGAGCGAUACACAAGCGGCUAUCCACUUGGACAAUGUAAACUUCAUACAAAACAGACCUCCCUCGAACAAUGAAGGAAGUGGAAUCUCGAUAUAUGGCGCAUCUCGUACUUUAAUGCUACAUAUAGACAUUAAUAUUUCUUGUAAAAACGUAUUAUUUUCCAACAAUGUAGGUCCUCUGAUUACCAACAACGUUUCAUUUUCUGAAACCAAAGAAUUUUAUCAGCGCGUUAAAUUCGUCAAAAACUCUGUUUUACUGAAUGCUUCGUCAGGAAAAGGUCUGUACUUCUCUGAAGGAAGAAAUGUAACUGUUGUUUUUGAUCACAUAGUAUCGACGGGAAACGCUGCCAAUAUCAGAUGCGUUCAGUUUGACUCAAGUGCAGUAAAGCUAAAAGUCUUCAACUCUGAAAUAAACGGCCACUCUCUGGCGGCGCCCCACUCUGGUGCAGGUAUCCUCAUACAGGCAGUAAGAUCAAGUCACGUGUUCAUUAAAAAUUCGUCGUUUAAUGGAAACACAGCAGCCCAUCGAGGUGGAGCAGUGGCGUUUAACGUAACCGGCGGUGUAAUAAAUGUGACUGUUUGCAAAUCAAAUUUCACAAACAACUCAGCCCUGAAUGGCGGAGCGUUUUCCGUCAAUAGCCAACUCGGAUUUGUCCUCGUCGACCUCGAGCACGUUUCGUUUCGAAAUUGUCGUUCCAAUCGUACUGGCGGUGCUUUGUUUAUAAUUAAGAAUAGACUCGUACAAUUUAGGGCUAGGUUCUGCUCAUGGAUGUCUGGCACUGCACAAGUGGGAUCUUCAAUUUACAUCUCUUCGUUCCCUACGAUGACACAAAGUAACGCUACGACAAAACUGAAGAAUUGUAAGUUUGUUAAUAACAGCGACAUGCUUCUUGGAAGCGUUUUUGUGAUGUCCAGUGUCGGAUCAGUGGAAGUCUUUCAAACUCGAUGGAACAAAAAUAGCCGGGCCUUUGCUGUGGUGUGCAACUGUCGUGUCAAUUUCACGGAAGUGAACGUAACUGAAUGUACUGGCACAGCUUUUCAUGGCUUGUCAUCCAAAAGGAACCGAGACAGUAUGAAGCUGCAUUUCGAAAGAUGUGUGUUUCGUGGAAAUAAGGAAGGUGACAUCUAUGUUUUCGCAGAAAGCCGUUAUCUACAGCUAACUUUAGAAUCGAUAAAGUUUGUUGAGAAAAAGAAUGUAAAGAAGGAAGAAUGUAAUGCGGUGUUGGUCAAGUUGUACGAAACCGUUACCUCUGGAUCCAAAAUAGAGUUACGCAACGUUCUUAUUGAGGAGUUUGUUGGUUCGGCUGCAGUGAUUCUCAAAUCUCUCAAUAGCAAUACAACCAACACAGUGACAAUAACAAGCAGCACGUUUCGUCGGAUACGAAGUUAUUACUCCGAAAAGUACCACUCAGAAACAAGCCCGCUAUCAAUAGUCCUGCCCCUUGAUAACCUCGAUCAAAGCAUUUGCUCACGGUCGUAUCUGAGUUAUCAAUAUCAAAAUACGAUAAUUAUCGAGAAUACUUCAUUCGUCGAUAACAUCGGACGAGUGGCCGGCGGGGUCUACCUUACAAAUGGUAACGUCACCAUACGCAAUUGCACCUUCGAGAACAACUUUGCUAUCAAUAGGGGUGGACAUGUUCGUAUUUCGGAUGGAAGUGGAAGCAUCCGGAUUGAGAAUUCCACCCUCAAACAGAAAUCGCAGGAAAUUGUUUUUACUGGCGAGACGUUCGUCCAUGAUACAUCGAUUUAUUCCGAGAGUACAGGCCAACUUCGUCUUCAAGCAGCUUGGGUUACAACUGACUUAGAAAAAGACUCAUACCGUUUGUUCUCUGUGUCUAAAUCUGGCCUCGUCAAACUUGAUAACUCUACGAAACUACAGUGUGCAGUGGGCAGUUUGCUUAGAUUUGAUAACUUUUCCCACUUCAUGCUUUGGCCUUUUGCUAAACACCCUUGCAAGUUGCAAGUGACUGUAAUAACACUGUCAUGCCAUCAGUGCUCCCCCGGUCUGUACAGCCUCCAGAGAGGAGAAAUAACCGCCCCGUUUCAAAAAGGAGUUGAUUCGUUAUUUAAUCCAUUCUGCUUUCCUUGCCCUGAUGGAGCAAAUUGUUCCCGCAACAUCGAAGCCAAACCGAACUUUUGGGGAUAUCCUGACUCAAAUAACUCAGGUUCGCUUACGUUCGUUCACUGUCCACCACAUUACUGCAAACCAAUCAAAAGACGGGGCACAAACUUAUCAGUUUACAACAGCUGUCGGGGCAACCGAGAUGGCGUCAUGUGUGGCAGGUGCAUGGCGGGAUACUCCGAAACUCUGUUUUCCAAAAAAUGCAAACCAAGUGAAGAGUGUCAAGAUCCUUGGAUUUGGUUGGUGAUGACGGUUUACACUGUGGCAAUGGCGUUGUUUUUCAUUUAUAACCCACCAAUUAUACAAUUCCUUGUUGAGAAUACGCUGUGGUGUAAAAGAUCUCGCAGCAGAAUGGAAUAUCAAGAAAUUGAUCAACCGAACAAGUUCAACAAAGGCUACACAAAGAUCACAUUUUAUUUCUAUCAGAUCGCGAGCUACCUAACUUUGGAAUCUUUCACUGAAAUAGCUAAAGAAGCGCCAUUAAUUUCCUUUAUCACCGGUUUAUUUAAUUUCCAAACAAGAGUUUCACGAGGAAACUUCGGCUGUCCAUUGGCUGGACUAACCGUUGUGACUAAGGAGCUGCUACCAGCAUCGGGAGUCUUGGCCACGCUGUUCAAUAUACAAGUAAUACUACUGCUGCAUCUCUGUUUCAAUAAAAUCACGGGUCGACCACGCCCAAAAAUGGCCUCGUAUUAUGCAGCUACGCUGAAAACGCUGUUGCUUGGUUACGCAACACUGGCCAACACUGCCCUGAAGCUUUUAACGUGUGUUCAGGUUCUGGGCGAGAGCAGAUUGUAUUAUGACGCGAACAUAAAAUGCCUGGAAUGGUGGCAGUACGGUUUCAUUGUUUAUGUCGUUGCAUGUCUUCUUCCAUUCAUAGCAGUCAUCUACUGGGGAGCGAUGAAACUUCAGAGACAGUUGAUCUCCGUCGAACAUUUCAUCGGAGCGUGCUUUUUUCCGUUGGGCUUCGUAUGUUUGUGGCUUAUUGAGAAACUCGUUUGCACUCGCAAUCGACAUCAGGUGACAAGCGAGUCAAGUGCAGAGGUGUUAAAAGUGUUACACGAUCCGUUUCGUCCUCCAAGGCCUCACCAAACUGGUUCCUUGUACUGGGAAAGUGUUAUGAUUGGCCGACGAUUUCUGCUUCUCUCGUUUCAGGUCUUUUUUCCAGAUCCUCUUCUCCGACUGUUCUUCAUGGACAUGACCUGUUUACUUGUUUUCACUUGGCACGUGGUAACCCGGCCGUUCCGAGACCAGAGGGCAAACAUCUUGGAAGCCGUGUCACUCGCUUGUUUAGUUGUCAUAGCAACCAUAAAUCUCAUUCAGGCCAUCUUUCUGUCCGCUGGAGUAGCGCCACAAGGUUCUGUGGAAAGAGAUCUGAUCGUUCUGCAGCAAGUUGAGAUCUGUUUAUUGGCAAUAGCACCUUUGCUACUCGUCUUCCUGUGUGGCUUUGCUGUUGUUUCCCAAGUCACUCGUGUCGUUGUUAUUGUGUUUCGCAAAACGUUUACAUUUGUUCUAAUGCGACGAAUCAAAGUUAUGGGACAGUAUUAAAAAAAAACAGGAAAC